GCAGCAAGGCAAUUGGAAAGGGCGCGGCAGGGCAGGAGAUUGUGAUGAAAGUCAUGAAACAUGGUAAAAGGGAGCGGAUAAAAAGGGGAGAGAAAGAGAAUUGAAAAUGAGAAGGCACCACAGGCGGCGAUCAUCGACGCCCUCAAUGGAAUUCGGCGACGUAGACGAGGACGAAGAGGAGGAGGAAGAAGAAGAAUCUCCGGAGUCGACGAGGAUGAAGUGCGUGUCGUGCAAAGAGGAGUACUGCUCUCGCGACGCUGGAACGUGCCGUGAGUGCUACGAGGAGGCCAGCGAGACGGAGGAGGAGCUCAAGAGGGAGAUCGAAGACCUAAAGGCCAAAGUCAACUUUCUUCGAUUCUGGGCCCUGCCUGAUCCCCUUCACCUCUCCUUUCCCCACCGCCCUCAAUCUUCUACUCCUUGCUUCUCCGACGUCGUUUUGGUCGCCUCUAACGACCAAUCCGCCAAGAAUGCUCCACACUCCGUUCCCGUCCCGGCACAUCGCGCUGUUCUGGCGAGUCGGUCCCCAGUGUUCAGAGCAAUGCUUGAAAAUGAGAUGGAAGAAAGCCUGAGCGGCACGAUUAAAAUUAGUGAUGUAUCAUAUGAUGCUCUUCGAGCCUUUGUGAAUUAUUUGUACACUGCGGAAGCAUGCCUAGAUGAGAACAUGGCUUGUGACCUUCUAGUUUUGGCUGAAAAGUACCAAGUCAAACAUCUCAAGACCUACUGCGAAAAGUUUCUAAUAUCGAAGCUGAACUGGGAGAACUCACUUGUAAACUUUGCUUUUGCUCACCAGCACAAUGCAAAGAACUUGCUCGAUGCAGCCUUGGCAUUGAUCAUGGACAACAUGGACAAGCUGAGCAAGCGAGAAGAAUACAAAGAACUGGUGGAGAAGGAUCCCAGGCUUGUUGUAGAACUCUAUGAAGCUUAUCUCUCCAAACAGGUCAAUACUGCAGUUCGUAAAGAUCCCACCACAAAGGCAUGAACAAUAGCCAACUCCGAUCUAUUUGUUCAUACAUUCAUUCAAUGAUGAAAGUCUCAAGGAACCAGUUGAUGCAAAUGGCCUGUCAUGUGCAAUUAAUGCAGCUUCUUCAUGUUUACUCCAAAGAUAACAACUCCACUGUUUGUUAUUAUAUUUCUAUCAUUUUUUUUUCUUUUUAAUUAGAUAAUUGAAAACAGCAAAACUUGGAUUGGAUCAUUUUGAACUUGGGAACCAAAACUGAAAAAACACCAAUGUACUGUUGAGUGAUUUGGAAUGAACCCUUAGCUUAUUACAUAAUCA